AUGACGAGUACGGACUCUCCUGUUCCGGGCGAUAAAGCACCCCUAGUCAGUUACUUUGCGAACAACUCCGUUGAAACUCACAAUUCCACAUGGUCAAAGUUGUGGGAGGCGGGAGAAACCCUCUGGGAUAGAGGGAAGCCCUCGCCUGCGCUGAUAGAUAUCUUGGAGCAACGGGGAGAUCUUCUGUCUCCAUCGGGACCUGACGGACGAAGGAAAAGAGCUCUGGUACCUGGUUGUGGCAGGGGCUAUGAUGUCGUCAUGUUGGCACUCCACGGUUUUGAUGCUUACGGUCUGGAUGUUUCGGAAAUCGGACUCUCGGCAGCAAAAGAAUAUGCGGAUCGCGAGCUCCAAAAUCCCCAAGAUCACAAUUUCGGGGCCAGCUGGAAUGGCACUCAAAGCAGAGGUACUGUUGCUUUUAUACAAGCAGACUUCUUUGCACCGCGCCCAGAGGAUGAAAACAAGUUCGACGUGAUCUACGACUACACAUUCCUCUGUGCUCUCCAUCCGACGAUGCGUUCUCAGUGGGCAUCGCGCAUGGCACAACUUCUAGCCCCCGGUGGAGUAUUAGUCUGCCUAGAGUUUCCUCUCUUCAAAGAUCCAACGGAAACAGGGCCCCCCAUGGUCAUUGAAAGGCGUACAUUGGGACAUUUUGGCACGGGAGGCGAUGGUAUCAAUAUUAACCUCGCAGAUAAUUCAUCAGGGGGAAGCUUCAAGCUCGAAUACACGGACCCGUCUGGCUUGUUCUCCUCAGUGCAGCCUAUUAUAGAAUCAAAACUCCCGCUAAAGAAUCUCCAUUGGAAAUCGCCCGCCCGCCCCGUGCGGUCGAUCGAAUCGCUCCGCAUCGGCUUCAUUUCUGCCGAAGAUGGCGAGCGCAAGUCAUCCAGCGAACCCUCCAGCUACUGCGCGAAAGACAUUGCGCGACUGGAUCAAGGCGCAGGGGGCAUCGAGCACUUCGCAGACACCCGGGGGAGUAGCCAGGAGAAGCACGACGCAUUUGAAUGGCUUAUUCUACAUGUGGUCCAAAACGGCGAGGGGGCAGAGAAGGCGCCGGCGGCUGCUUCAAAAUGGGGACGAAGCACAUCAACCGUGUUGGAAAAGGUUAAGGCGGAUUUUAACGGGUCAUCCAAGACAGCGACUGAUCGCGUGGCACAACUGCGUCUGCCUAAAGAUGCCAAAGUCAAUUCACCCGAGUUGAGCGAGCAACUUGAAGAUCUAAUUGACAAGAUGAAGAAUGGCAUAUUGGCGUCCUUUGACCUGCGAGUCGCUCAAUACGAAGAAGAUAUCAAAGAAAAAGAUUCGCAGCGAAGUCUUCCCGGGUGGAACUUCUGUACGUUCUUCAUACUCAAGGAAGGGCUUGCACGAGGUUUCGAGAACGUCGGCCUGUUCGAAGAUGCCCUGGUUGGAUACGAUGAGCUUUCCGUGGGCCUGGAUGCAGCUAUUCGCGAUCAGCUUGAAGAGCCUGGUGAGCAGCAUGGCAAUACUCUCCUGACAUCGAGUAAGGACUUGGUGGAAACUGUCAAAAAGGCAUUGGAAUCUGGGGAGUCGAAGGAUGGUGUCAACGCAGCGGAUUACUCUGCCCUGGAUAUACGACCAGAGGAUUAUCCAUUGUCCUCCACAAGAAUGCCGUACCGGGAGAUGAUUCUGUCGAGCGACAUUUCCAUCUUCAACUUCCGCACCUAUGUCUUUUCCCGACAGCUGACAUUACUUCUCAGGGCAGCAAAAGCUCCAUCAUUGAGUCUCAAUGAAAAGACGAACAAGCUUGAGGACCUCGUGACGCUUUCAGAAAUAUGUGCGAGAUCCACGGAGUUUAUCAGUCUUGCGGCACGCACUCUCCGCUACGACCUCGAGUCCGGACUCAAAGAUGUGGAAGAGAAAGCCAAAUAUCAUAUCAUUAACAAUAUGGUCUCAUCCUGGGCUUACUCAGCGGCGUUGCAAAUUCUUGACCAGACCUUCACCCCUGGAUUGAAGGUUCCCCGAAUCUUCUAUCAUCGCUUGACGCAAGAUCUGUCAGACACGGCCGGCCCACUUCCACGGCGCUCGACUAUCGACCAUCCCAAGGCUGCCUCCGUUUUCCCUUCGAGAACUGGCUCAGAGCAACUUGCUUCUGCAAGAGGCGAGCUACUCCUUCUAGCCCGACGAUCGCUCGAAGAGAUUGCACACCGAAGAGGUUGGUCCGAGAAGUGGACCGAUCUUGGCUUGCUUUUCGAUGAUAGUCACCGCUCAGGACCAAAGGACCUUACAACUGUAUCUCUUGACGACGAUGAAUCCUCGAAGCUGCAGGAAGAAGAAAAACCAGAGCGGACCCCGCUUUCUGGAAUUAGUCUUCUCUCUCUCAAGGCCGCAUUAGAGUCAAAAGACUUAUUUUUGACCUUCUAUGAAGACCUCACAGACCACAUCAUUCGUCAUAAUACGGCGGCCAGCCGUACAAACUCUACUGAAAUGGCCCUUGCGGACAUCGCCAUUCUUCGAUUCCGCCAAGCUGAUUACGAGGCAGCAGCGUCUUAUUUCCAUGAAUUGGCUCCAUUCUAUGGCAGCAAGCUCUGGGUUGUCUUGGAAGGCAUUAUGCUGGAACUGGGCUGGGGGGGCCUGCAGAAGGAUAUCACUGCACCCCUGAGUGACUUCUUUGCGGACUUACAUGUAGACCCGGCAAUCCAGCUAUAUGACGACAAAGACGGUUUCCAGAUUCAAAUGUAUUUGCGAUUCUUGCUUGGCCCGCAAAUCGACGUGAACUCAAUCAAGGUACGCUUGGUGGGCGUUAACGCCACCCAAAGCACAGAGCACUGGGUUGAAGUUGCCAAAGCUUUCACGAUUAAAUCAACCAAGACGAAGAUCCUCAUCGAUUCCUCCACUACAUUACAAGGCAAAUAUUAUGUGGAUCGUGUGGAAAUGAAAACCGAUAAUCUCCUAUUCAUUUUCAACAGUGGUCAACACUCUGGGCUUCCAGUGGGUUUCCAAGAAACCGUCGAGUCAGAAGACGCAGACCCCCGACCACACAUCCUCUGCUACCCCCCAUCGGACGGUCUACAGGCAACAGUAGUCUCGCCACAUCUGAUCAACCUGGAGUCAAUGCGCACCCUAGAGCUGGAACUCAAUAGCGGGCGGAAUGACAUUCAGAGGGGCACAAUCCGUGUACGACCAGCCACAGCAGGGCUCAGGCUUCGAACUGCGGAGACUGAGGUGGUCGAUGGCGAGCUGAAUAUCUCGGCGAACAACGAGUCGGGGGCCAUUGAGUUCACCCAACUGCCUCCGAAAUCCUUUGUACGGCUCCGUAUUCCUUAUACUGUUGAAGAAGCUUUUACCACUCUAUCUGCGCGGACAGAGGUCAGCUAUGAGACUGGACAGGGGAAAUUCUCCUUCUCAGCCGUGCAUAGCGUGGUCGCUACGCUGCCCAUAUCUGUCAAUGUGCAGGAUAUCUUCAAGGACGAUGUACUAUUCUCACGUUUCACGGUCAGCCCCGCCAUGCUGAUCCCACUCCGCAUCGCCCAAUGCAGUUUACCCAGUUCAGAGUCCUAUGACGUCCAAUCGACUCUCUCGGGCCCCGUCACUCUGGACGUCUUCCCGAAGCAGCCUGCGUCUUUGCUCUACAAGAUCCGUCCGCGCAGUAGCGCGGCCACUGCGUCAGGACGUAGUCUGCGUCUCCGCGUGGACUUUACCUGCGUGAACGACGAAUGUAUCGAUGCGAUCGAGAAGUGUUUCACCACCGCUAUUAGAUCCAGCCCUUAUCACCAAUACGCCACACUGCUCACAUCGCACGUGGUGAACAGCUUCCGGAACCAGUUAAGUACUGCGGACAUGGAAGUCAUUGGCCUAUUACGAGAGGUGGAGAUGCUACCUUACAAAAGCGUCCGAUGGGAAGAAUUGUUGGGCGGGCUCAGAGACCGCACAGAUGAUGUGCGGAAAUGGCUAGCUGCGUGGCACGAUCAACCAUCCCCACCCCGCAGCAUUAUUAUCCCCGUCGAGAUCCCCCAAAUCCAGGUCGUGCACACGGCCGAGCUGCAGCUCCACCCAAGCGAAGAUGCGUCCGUUGCGGGCACUCCCCAUGCCGCGGUGGGCCACAUGAUCGCCGCAGAACUGUGCCUCCGCCAUACUCGCCGCUGGUGCCCCCCUGCUAGCCAAGAACACGCCGGUGAGCCACUAGAGUGCACGUUCGAGAUGCACGCCAAUCCCGAGUGCUGGCUCUUGGGAGGCCGACGCCGGGGUACCUUCCUCGCGCGGGACGGCGAAACCACCAAAUUCACAAUCCUUCUCCUACCACAAAAGGCAGGACAUCUACUCCUGCCCGGGCUCGAGAUCCGUAGUUUUGCUCCUACGCAAGCCACCACGGAUCCAGUGACAGGGUUGGCGAUCCCGCCUGCGCAGCGGGAUCCUAUUCCUUGUGAAGCGGACUACCGCAACCAUGGGGAGACAGUGCUCGUUUUGCCCGAUUUGCGCAAGACGACUGUCAGCCUGAGCGCUUCGGGUAACCCGAAUGGGUCCUCUUGGCUGGUAGAUUCUGAGCGGCGAGCAGAGGUCCACUGA